AUGCUCAAAGUUAAUUCGAUAGACAUCAUUUCAGACACCAUACAAUCAUUCGGCACAGUCGUGGCCUCAUACUACGACAAGUUUGUGCCACCUGGGCAGGACAUCCUAUCACCCACGACGCUGACAGUGGAGGGCCAGGAGAUCCACGCCGCAAAGCCAGAUGCACGGCUGCUGUACCGGCUGAGCUUGGGAAUAGCGACGCUUUCUGAAAUAACCACCGAGGUGCAGCUAUUACGUGUCGAGCCCAGCAAGGGCGGCGGCGACUCAUCCGAGCGCCAACGCCAUAUAUACGACCUGAAGCACAUGCGGUCGACCCCCGGUGGGUUUAAAAAGGUGCCGGCAGAGUCGCCGAUGUAUUAUAUCCAGCGGGCUAGCAGGAUCGUCCCAGAGCCAGCGGCAGUAGGCUUCAAAAAAAAGCAUUCGUUGAUGGGAGGAAGUGCCGAGCAAUUGAUCGUUGUGCCUGUCGAUCUCUCGGGCAAGGCCAGCAAAUUCGGUAUCCCGACGUUUGUUAAAAACGCAGACGCCGUUUUCGUCAACAAAGGGCUUGAAUGGUUCAAUACCCGGGGCGAAUCCAUCGCCGUCAUGCACUUCGGUACCAAAGAUGACAGGCUACACAGUUUGGUCCUGACGGCGUCACUGCCUCGCGCGCAGUUUGAGAUGCUCGUGGCCUUGUGGUGCUGUCAUGUUUGGGAGUUUGGCGUUGCCAAUGCCGAGAAGAUCCACGAGGGGUCUGCUGGAUUGGCAAGAAAGCUGAGGCUAGGUCAAGAGUAUGGAUACAGAUGGAUGUCAGGACCAGCGGGAGGCGGGGGAGCAAGUGCGGCGUUCUGA